AUGGAUAAGAAGAAAAUAUUAAAAUCUUGUACAAGGUGUAGGAAGCAUAAGACUAAAUGUGAUGCUAGUAAAAGACAUCCUUUACCGUGUAGUCAUUGUAGUAAAAGAGAUUUAGAAUGUAGUUUAGAUAUUGUUAAUGCCGUACCUAAUAGAAUAGAUAGUCAAAUAAUUGAAAGUUUAAAUGAUGAAGUUAAUUCUUUGAAACUAACUGUUGAUAAUUUAAUAACAAAGAAGAAUAAAUUAAUCAAUACUAUAAUAAUGAAAAACCCGUCGAUAUCGGAAAUUCAAAAAUGUAUUGAAUACCCUAUUGACGAAUAUGAUGAAAUUAAUGAUAAUGAUAAUGAUAAUAAUGAUGAUGACUUUACAAUAACUUAUAAUAAUAAAACCAUUUCCAUUUCUUUGAAUGAUAGUGAAAUGUAUUUCAUGAAUUAUAAGAAUAAUUAUCAUCAUUUCUUACCUAUAUUCCCAGAUAACUUUUUUGAGUUACCUAUAAAUGAAAUUUUCAAAGAAAGUGAAUUAUUAUUUUGGUGUAUAAUAUUAACUUCCAGUAUUAAUUUGAAUAAUAAAUUAUAUAAAAGAUUAAGCAAAUAUGUCAAACAAAAAGUCGUUGAUACUUGUUGGUUCAAAACUCCUAGAUCAGUUUAUGUUUUAUCAUCAUUAUUGAUUUUAACUACUUGGCCCAUAAUAAAUAAUAAUAAUAGAAAGAUAAAUGAUGAUUUAUCGAUUAAGUAUUUAUCCUUGAUGAAAAAUUUAUCAUUACAACUUGGUUUACAUAGAUUAGAAUUCAUCAAUGAAUUUAGUCAUAAGACUAAUCUUAUCAUCUCGAAAGAAUCCGAUUUAAAUAAUUUGAUCAGAGAAAGAAUUUAUAAAUUCAUUACUAUAAAUUUGAACUAUUGGUUGAUAAAUUUAGGCUUACUUUACUUAAAUUUCAAUGGGAACCAAGAAGAUUAUAUAAUCAACAAAUCAAAUAAUUUCAAUUUCAGUACUUUGGAAAAUGACGAUAAGUAUAUUAAUUCGUUAUUAAAAAUCAGUUUGAUCCAACAAAGAUUGAAUGAAAAUUUAAACGAUAGUGAUAUUACCACUAAAUCCAUUAAUCUCAAUAUGUUUGAAGUGAUUUUGAGUGAUUUCAAGAAGAACAUCGCUACCAUCAAUUUUGAUGAAAAAACUGAUUCAAUCACCAAUAAAGAUUUCAUUAACUUAUCGAUUGAAUUCUCCAAAGUUCAAUUAUUUAGUUAUUCUUUUGAUAAACAAUUAAAUCUUAAUUUGAAUGAUUAUAAGAAGAAUAUUUAUAAGACUUUGAAUAGUUGUUUUUUGAUCGUUUCCAUAUUACAAAAAGUCAAUUUCAAAUUAAUCAAUAUUAAUUCUUUACCAGUUCAUUAUAAAUUCAUGAUUGAAUUUGUAUCAUUGAUUUUAUUAAGAAUUUAUUAUUCACCAUUAUUAAAUAUUGAAGAUUAUGAAAAGAUCAAAACUAACUUCAGUCAAUUAUAUCAAAUAUUGAAAACCAACAUCGAUGCAAAUUAUAAAAUCAUCAAAAUAAUCGAAAAGUUCAAUACUUUGUUUAGUAAGAAUUUACUUAGUCUUAUGAAUUUCAAUAAAAAUUAUUACUUAAUCAACAAAUUCAAUAACUAUCAAAACUCAAAUAUAAUUUAUGAAAUUAUUUGGUUGAUUUAUAUCUUUGAAAAUAAUAAAUCCGAUGAUACCAACUUGAACUGGCAACAAAUUGGAUUAAAAGAUGAAAAUUUAAUUAAUUAUUUAGAUAAUUUAGAUAUCUUAGCAUUUUAG